GCGAGGGCCCGCGGGCGAGCGACCAUGGCGGCGCACCUGAAGAAACGAGUGUACGAGGAAUUCAGUAAGGUGGUCCAGCAACAAGAAGAACUUACAACGAAGAAACUCCGACUAACAAAGCCAAGUAAAUCUGCAGCCCUCCACAUCGAUCUGUGUAAAGCGACUUCCCCAGCAGAUGCUUUGCAGUACCUACUCCAAUUUGCCAGAAAGCCCGUCGAAGCAGAAAGUGUGGAGGGCGUGGCCAGGAUUCUCUUGGAACAUUAUUAUAAGGAGAAUGAUGCAUCUGUGAGACUGAAGAUUGCAUCUCUGUUGGGUUUAUUAUCAAAAACCUCAGGAUUUUCCCCAGACUGCAUUAUGGAUGAUGCCAUUAACAUCCUGCAGAAUGAAAAUGAUAGAGAGCACCUGACAGAUACCUCCCAUGGUGUUAGAAAUAAGUGCCUGCAAUUACUCGGCAAUCUUGGCUCUUUGGAGAAAAGUGUCACAAAAGAUGCGGAAGGCUUAGCUGUCAGAGAUGUCCAGAAGAUUAUAGGGGAUUACUUCAGUGACCAGGACCCUCGUGUCAGGACAGCAGCGAUAAAAGCCAUGUUACAGCUUCAUGAAAGAGGACUGAAAUUGCACCAAACAAUUUAUAAUCAGGCCUGUAAAUUGCUCUCUGAUGAUUACGAACAAGUGCGCAGUGCUGCAGUCCAGCUUAUCUGGGUUGUCAGUCAGCUCUAUCCUGAAAGCAUUGUCCCAAUCCCGUCUUCUAAUGAAGAAAUUCGCUUAGUUGAUGAUGCAUUUGGAAAAAUUUGUCACAUGGUCAGUGAUGGCUCCUGGAUGGUUCGAGUUCAAGCUGCAAAGCUAUUGGGUUCUAUGGAGCAAGUCAGUUCUCAUUUUUUGGAGCAGACCCUUGACAAGAAGCUAAUGUCAGAUCUGAGGAGAAAACGAACUGCCCAUGAGCGUGCCAAAGAACUUUACAGUUCAGGAGAGUUCUCCAGCGGCAGAAAGUGGGGAGAUGAUGCUCCCAAAGAAGAAGUAGAUACAGGGGCCGUGAACUUGAUCGAGUCUGGAGCCUGUGGAGCCUUUGUUCAUGGGUUGGAAGAUGAGAUGUAUGAGGUUCGCAUUGCCGCCGUGGAGGCCCUCUGCAUGCUGGCCCGGUCGUCCCCGGCUUUCGCUGAGAAGUGCCUUGAUUUCUUGGUUGACAUGUUUAAUGAUGAGAUCGAAGAAGUGCGUCUCCAGUCCAUACACACCAUGAGAAAAAUCUCUAACAACAUUACUCUCCGAGAGGACCAGCUUGACACAGUCCUGGGGGUGUUGGAGGAUUCAUCCAGAGACAUUAGAGAGGCUCUUCAUGAACUUUUGUGCUGUACUAAUGUCUCAACCAAAGAAGGGAUUCAUCUUGCAUUGGUGGAGCUGCUGAAAAAUUUAGCCAAGUACCCUACUGAUAGGGACUCUAUAUGGAAGUGCUUGAAGUUUCUGGGAAGUCGACAUCCCACCUUGGUGCUCCCUCUGGUGCCAGAACUGCUGAGCACCCACCCAUUUUUUGACACAGCUGAACCAGACAUGGAUGAUCCAGCUUACAUUGCCGUUUUGGUUCUUAUUUUCAAUGCUGCUAAAACCUGCCCAACAAUGCCAGCGUUGUUCUCAGAUCACACCUUCCGACACUAUGCUUACCUCCGAGACAGCCUAUCUCAUCUGGUUCCUGCUUUAAGGUUACCAGGUAGAAAACUAGUGUCAUCAGUCCCCAGCAUCAUGCUGCAUGAGGACCCGUCCCAGCAGUUCCUGCAGCAGAGCCUGGAGAGGGUGUGUGGCCUUCAGCACCUGGAUCCUCAGGGGACCCAAGAGCUCCUAGAGCUCACCAUCAGGGAUCUGCAAAGACUUGGAGAACUUCAGUCUGAAUUGGCAGGAGUAGCUGACUUCUCUGCUACCUAUCUUCAGUGUCAACUUCUUCUUAUCAAGGCCUUGCAGGAAAAGCUGUGGAAUGUAGCGGCCCCUUUGUAUUUGAAGCAGAGUGACUUGGCCUCAGCAGCAGCAAAACAGAUCAUGGAAGAGACCUACAAAAUGGAAUUCAUGUACAGUGGUGUGGAGCAUAAGCAGGUGGUGAUUGUGCAUCACAUGAGGCUGCAGGCCAAAGCCUUGCAUCUUAUAGUGACGGCCCGGACUACUCGAGGAGUUGACUCCUUAUUUGGAAUGUGUGAAAAAUUUUUACAGGAGGUGGACUUUUUUCAGAGGUGUUUCAUUGCUGACUUGCCCCACCUACAGGACAGCUUUGUGGACAAACUUCUUGACCUUAUGCCCCGACUCAUGACAUCCAAACCUUCAGAAGUGGUCAAAAUCCUCCAGACCAUGCUGCGACAGAGUACCUUCUUACACCUCCCUCUUCCAGAGCAGAUCCACAAAGCCUCAGCCACCAUCAUCGAACCAGCGGGCGAGUCAGACAACCCUUUACGAUUUACAUCUGGAUUGGUGGUGGCCCUGGAUGUGGACGCGACCCUGGAACACGUGCAAGAUCCUCAGAGCACCGUGAAGGUCCAGGUUUUAUAUCCUGAUGGCCAGGCUCAGAUAAUCCACCCCAAGCCCGCAGACUUCCGGAAUCCUGGCCCAGGGCGGCACCGGCUCAUCACCCAAGUGUACCUCUCCCACACUGCCUGGACAGAGCCAUGCCAAGUGGAGGUGCGGCUGCUGCUGGCCUACAACACCACUGCACGCAUCCCCAAGUCCCCUUGGGUGGAGGGCGGUGAGCUGUCCUCGCAGGUUGAAACCAGCAUCGAGGGCACCAUCCCCUUCAGCAAGCCUGUCAAAGUUUACAUCCUGCCCAAGCCCGCCAGGCGCUGAGCCCUCGCUGCCUCCCCAGCUAUGGCCAGGAGGGCCCUUACUUCGUCAGUGUCGGACUGAGCCGGGAGGCUGGAGCACCAUCACCCCCACCCCCACCGUCACCCCCGGAAAUGACGUGUAGGCACCAGAAGCUCAUGACCCUCAGAGUCGCAUUGGGUAUCAAACAAAGGGUACAUUAUUUUCAUUAAAAAAAGCACAGCCAAACAAAAA